GCCACACUCUCCGCGAACCGGACUCACCGUCAUGGCCACAUCGCCUGAACGCCCACAACAGCUCGUCGCCGAAGAGGAUCCAGCACCCAUUGAGAUGGAGCCUGCUGCAGAAGACAGCCAGCCUACGGGAGAAACGUCAACAGAGAACGCGAAACCGAAGAAAGCCAAGUCAUCAGCGUCCGAGCCUCUCAAGCGUGAACCGGGAAAGUCGUUAUUCCCAUACUCUCGCAUACAGAAGAUAUUGAAGGAGGACACGGAGCUCAUCAUGGUCCAGCGAGAAGCAGUCUUCGCCAUUUCAAGGGCGACCGAGGAGUUCGUCGCGAGGCUCGCCGAAGCUUGUCAGCGCGCAGCAGCGAGGGACGGGAGGGCGACCGUGCAGCACAAGGACCUUGUAACGUGUGUACGACGGGCAGACGAGUUCGCUUUCCUCGAAGACCUGCUUCCAUGGAUAGAGCCAGAGUCUGCGUCUACCACAAAACAAGGCAAGGGAAAAAGCGGAAGGACAAAGGAUGAGACAUCAAAGGACAAGAAAGCACCAACCACGCUCGACCAGUUCGUCCGGUCUGGGAAGGACGAUUCGCAGGAACCACCGGGAGAGGUAUUGGUGAAUGAGGAUGGGACGUUGUCAGGAGGAGGGCCGUCGGAGGAAACGUCGUGAUCACAGGCUUGAUUGCUUGGGCUUGGGUGUAACAUAGUGAGUCGGGCCUCAUGUGGUGUUCAAUUCCUCUGAAGUGACCUAUGUGGCGGCGCAAGUAUCCCGUCCUGUGGGUCCUAAAAGGCUGUACAAUAUACC